UGCCUGCCAGACAGCUUGAACCUUCACAAAGACCAGCAAAGGUCAAACAAGCCCGGGGAAGUGCAGAUGUUCAGCCAGUCAGAGCUGAGGACCAUCGAGCAGUCUUUACUUGCUACACGUGUGGGGAGCAUCGCUGAACUCAGUGACCUGGUGUCUCGAGCGAUGCACCACCUCCAGCCCCUCAACGCCAAGCAGCAUGGGAACGGGACGCCGAUGCACCAGAAGCAGGGAUCGCUCUACUGGGAGCCGGAGGCUCUGUACACCCUCUGCUACUUCAUGCACUGCCCACAGAUGGAGUGGGAAAACCCCAACGUGGAACCGUCAAAAGUCACACUGCAGACCGAGAGGCCGUUCAUUGUGCUGCCUCCCCUGAUGGAGUGGAUACGGGUUGCCGUGGCUCACGCGGGGCACCGACGCAGUUUCUCGGUGGACAGUGAUGACGUACGGCAGGCAGCGAGGCUCUUACUGCCGGGAGUUGACUGCGAACCUCGACAGUUAAAAAUCGACGACUGUUUUUGUGCAUCUCGGAAACUGGAUGCGGUUGCCACUGAAGCGAAGUUCAAGCAGGACCUGGGUUUCCGGAUGCUCAACUGUGGCCGAACGGAUCUGGUUAAACAAGCCAUAUCCUUGCUGGGGCCGGAUGGGAUUAACAGCAUGAGUGAACAGGGCAUGACUCCACUGAUGUAUGCUUGUGUCAGGGGUGAUGAGGCUAUGGUGCAGAUGCUGCUAGAUGCUGGAGCAGAUCUGAAUGCUGAGGUUGUCAGUACUGCUCAUAAAUACCCAUCCGUCCACCCUGAGACCCGCCAUUGGACAGCUCUGACAUUUGCUGUGUUGCAUGGACAUAUUCCUGUAGUUCAGCUGUUGCUGGAUGCUGGAGCAAAGGUAGAAGGUUCCUUGGAGCAUGGAGAGGAAAAUUACUCUGAAACUCCUUUACAGUUGGCAGCAGCUGCUGGAAAUUUUGAACUGGUCAGUUUGCUGUUAGAGCGAGGAGCUGAUCCCAUGAUAGGAACAAUGUACAGGAAUGGCAUUUCCAUGACUCCACAAGGUGACAUGAACUCUUUCAGUCAGGCUGCUGCACAUGGACACAGGAACGUCUUUCGUAAGCUGCUUGCUCAGCCGGAGAAGGAGAAGAGUGAUAUUCUGUCGCUAGAGGAGAUCCUGGCGGAGGGGACAGACUUGCCUGACUCGGCGGCAGCUCCACUCUGUGCCAGCCGCAACAGCAAGGCCAAGCUGAAAGCCCUGAAGGAGGCCAUGUACCACAGCGCUGAGCACGGCUACGUGGAUGUGACCAUUGACAUACGGAGCAUAGGUGUUCCUUGGACGCUGCACACGUGGCUGGAGUCCUUGCGCACAUCCUUCCAGCAGCACCGACGACCCCUUAUCCAGUGCUUGCUAAAGGAAUUCAAGUCCAUUCAGGAAGAAGAGUACACAGAGGAGCUCAUCACACAAGGGUUGCCUCUGAUGUUUGAGAUACUGAAAGCCAGCAAGAACGAAGUGAUCAGCCAGCAGCUCUCUGUCAUUUUCACUCAUUGCUAUGGACCCUACCCUAUUCCAAAGCUCGUUGAAAUUAAGCGCAAGCAGACCUCUCGCCUAGAUCCCCAUUUUCUUAACAACAAAGAGAUGUCUGAUGUUACAUUUCUGGUGGAAGGAAGACCGUUUUAUGCACAUAGAGUGUUGCUAUUUACUGCAUCGCCAAGGUUUAAAGCAUUGCUGUCUAGCAAGCCCUCAUCUGAUAGUACUUGUAUUGAGAUCAACUAUGUGAAGUACCCCAUCUUUCAGCUGGUUAUGCAGUAUCUUUAUUAUGGAGGUGCAGAGUCACUCCUGAUUAAAAAUAAUGAAAUUAUGGAGCUUCUCUCUGCUGCUAAAUUUUUCCAGCUUGAAGCUUUACAACGACACUGUGAGAUCAUUUGCGCAAAAAGCAUUAAUACAGAAAACUGCGUGGAUAUUUAUAAUCAUGCCAAGUUUCUCGGAGUCACAGAACUAUCUUCCUAUUGUGAAGGCUACUUUCUAAAAAAUAUGAUGGUCCUCAUUGAAAACGAAGCUUUCAAACAGCUGUUGUAUGACAAGAAUGGAGAAACAUCUGGUCAAAAUGUACUACAGGACUUACAGAGGACGUUGGCCACAAGGAUUCAAUCAAUUCAUUUGUCUUCUUCAAAGGGCUCCAUUGUGUAAAGCUGAGGAAGACGGGUAACCCUCUAACAAAGACCCUGCAAGUUAAGUCUGCUGUUGCAGUUGCUGAAACCCAUUGCAGUUGCUUAAACAACUACAAAAAAAAAUAAAUUCUAUUUCACGUCCAAAUAGUUCUGUGUUGGCCAAAGGUGCUGCGCUGGGGCUGUGGUCCCAUUUGGAUGAGGGAAUACAGAAAACAAAGCUCCUCUGUGUUUUUGAGCAAACGGGGUACAAGAGUAUCCAGUGAAUCGCUGUUGUACUCAGAUUCUGAACACACGUGUGUGGUCGUGGAGCUUGGUGCCAACAAAAGCCAGAACUCUCAUCAGUGAACAGCAGAAGCCCCUGCCUGAGCGGUGGUGCCGGGGGACACCCGAAUUGACCUAUUAAUCAUUUAAAGCGGAUUUGUUCCGGUGUUACACGUUUAAGAACUGUAUCUAUCCUGGAGUCCAUUAUCUCGUGCAUUUAAGAAAUGUAAAACUGUUGUUGCUGUCGAGCAAAGAUCAACUGUAUUAGAGAAUGGGUAAGACUGUUACAGCUGAGGAAAUAUACUGACAGAUUUUUAGGGGUGGGAACUUUUUAAAUUGUUCAUAAAAAAUAAUGGGGUGGCCUUGUAGUUUAAAAACUAUUUCUUAAGCUUAAAAUUUCAUUUUUGACAGAGCUGUGUUUGAGAAUCUAUGUAACAUGUUUUGGGUUUUUUUUAAUGGUAAAAUGUACAUUGUGUAAACAUACAUAUGCUCAAGUUUUGCUUGUAUUCUUUCCUAGGGUGGUAUAAUCUUGCCUAAGAGGCUAUGGUUACACCAAAGAGGUACAUUACCCAGACUAUCUCUAAUACAGUAGUUGGGGGGGCAGGAGAACUGCAUGCUACUCGUGAUUUGGGGUUAAAAACAAUGACAAACUCAACACGCAUUUGCAUGGUAACUGUACCUGUGAAAUGUUGCGUUCGUGCUUUGUUUUGCCAAGACAAAUGCAAUGUUACUUCUUGUCAAACUUCAUUUGUGAAAUUAGCAUAUUUUUUUAUUUGGUGCGAUGGGUUGUGAUAUGAUACCCCUGGAGACCCUUCUCGAGAUGCUGAUUUCUGUUUUGUUGCAGUGAAGGGAUAAUAACAGAUCUUUAUUUCAGUAACGUGUCAAUACUUUGCUAAUGGCCAGAGUUUGUGUCAGAGUUAGACUUUUUAAAUUAUAAUUAAAUAUGUACUAUAGA